AUGCCAUUUUACCCACGUGUGUUAGAGAAGCUUCUCAGUGACCCGGAAGCCGGCUUUCUAGAUGCCGGCUGCUGUUUCGGACAGGAGAUUCGCUUUCUGGCAAGCCAGGUAAUCCCAGAAUCUCAGCUCUUUGGAUGUGAUCUCGAACAAAUCUUCAUUGACCUGGGAUACCGACUUUUCCGAGACAAGGACAAGCUGCAGGCAACCUUUGCUAUCGGAGACUUGACCGCUGAAGAGAGUACUUUGGAAGCUGGUCAGCUGACACAGAAACUAUUCGGAAAACUUGAUGUUGUGUUCGCUAGCUCCCUGUUCCACAUGUGGGAUUAUGACACCCAGUUUCGCGCUGCAUUAAGACUAGCCAAGCUAUGUCGUGGCAAGCCUGGUGUUAUGAUUACCGGACGUCAGAUGGGGAGUCUAGUGCCUGGCCACUAUGAGAUGAAAGGAAUGAAAGACGGAGCUUUUCAAUACCGCCACGAUGCCAAAACCAUGGAGAAGUUUUGGCGUGAGGUUGGAGAAGCAACCAAGACCACUUGGAAAGUAGAGGCGGGUCUUUACCAUGGCGAAGAGGUUGAACAGACUAGGAAUACGCCUUGGUGGGAUGAGAAAAUUCAGAUGAUUUGGUGGUGUGCAACUCAUCUGUGACUGUGGAACUUAACUAUACCAAUCGGUC